AGGAGGAGGGGAUGCUGACGGACUGGCACGAAUUCCUCAGCGCUCCUCAAAUUUCUUGAAAUCGCGGACCUCCUUGCUCGACUCCCGUCCCGACGAACAUCCAGAGCAGCUCCCACCCUCCGAGCAGAAUUUGGGGAAUUCUUUGACACAAAGAAAGAAAAGAUGUUGCGAGGUGGCGCCGUGCUCCUGCUGCUGUCCGUGGCCCUCUGUAGCGCCGAGGAGCUGCAGAGCAAAAGCAAAGUGUGCGCCAAUGUGUUCUGUGGGGCCGGCAGAGAGUGUGCCGUCAAUGAGAAGGGGGAGCCCAGCUGUCUGUGUAUAGAGACCUGUAAGCCCCACAAGAGUUCAGUGUGUGGCAGCAAUGCCAAGACCUACAGGAAUCACUGUGAGCUCCACAGAGACGCUUGUCUGACCGGCUUGAAGAUCCAGGUGGCCCACGAUGGACACUGCCAGGAGAAGAAAACGGAGCAGGCAGCUGCCAGCCCAGUGGUAUGCUAUGCUGCUGACCGCAAUGAACUGAGGAGCCGUGUGAUCCAGUGGCUGCAGACGGAGAUUGUUCCGGAUGGCUGGUUCGCCAAGGGAUCUAACUUCUCCGACAUCCUGCUCAAAUACUUCAAGUCUUACGACAACGGCGACUCCCAGCUGGACUCCUCAGAGCUCCUCAAAUUCAUCCAGCACAAUGAGUCGGUGGUGGAGUUGCAGUCUUACGCCGACCAGGAGAGCAACAAGCUGCUCAGGAGCCUGUGUGUUGAUGCCCUGAUCGAGCUUUCUGAUGACAACGCAGACUGGAAGCUGAGCUUUGAUGAAUUCCUUAACUGUCUGAAACCCGGCUUCAAUCCACCAGAGAAGAAAUGUGCCCUGGAGGAUGAGACAUAUGAGGACGGUGCCGAGACCCAGGUGGAGUGUAACCGCUGUGUGUGUGCAUGCGGCAACUGGGUCUGCACUGCUAUGACCUGCACUGACAAAAUGGCGACCGUGGAUGAUUCCACAGAUGCCGGGGCUGAGAUGACUGAGGAGGAGUGGAACCUCCGUGUGGCUGAGCUCAACAAGCACCAGGAAACAGUCGAGAAGAUGAAGGGCAGCACAAAGGAAGCCUAAAUGAGGACGCAAAUGAAGAAGAGGAUGUGCGCCGUCACCCUUCUUCCAUACUUGAUUUACCUUGUGGCCGUGUUUCAUUGUUUAACUGACAUUUUCCAUGUUUCUCUGCUAUGUUAAUUAUACAUUUUUACAUAAUUUUUUAGUGUUUGUGAUGUUGUUUGUUAGAUGCAGGGGCUAUCAAAGAGUAUAGGAUUCCCUUGUGUUCAGUACUGUCAUGUUUGAUUGUGUUACUGUGCCCCUACACUAGCCCCGGGCUAUUUUUACUACAAUCCUUAUAUUUUUACAGUUAUUCUUAAACAAAUCUGUCAAGUUGUCACUGUUUUUGGAAUGUUGGAGUCACUUUUUGAGAAGGUGGUGUGGGUAGGAACACGAGGAAUCCCCUGGAAUUGAGGGAGCAGCUGGUGAAUGGAGAGAGCGCACUUCUGGACAGCUGGUGCCGCGUGUUUCUCAACCCCCUCAAAGGCUUUACGGUCAGGAGGUUGGUUGAAGAACCGCAGAUAAGAGGGUAAAGCUACUAGUGAUUUUGAUUUUGUUGCCAUUUAGAACUGCCACAGUAGGCCACUACUUGACCAAUGCACUUCUCUUUCUUUCUCUCUAGCUUCCCUAUAGGCUGUAGUUUAUCACAAGCCUGAAAUUUGUUUGUAUCUUAGUGCUGAAUUGAUAUUUUUUUCUGCAAAAAAAGUUUGCUUCUAUGUACAGUAUGUUAUUGACCAGAGUUGGAACUCAUCUGGCUCCCAUAUUAUGCUCAGGCAAGUCUCUCUGGUGCUCAUCAGUUAAACGUUUUUGUUUUUUUCUGCGGCCCAACAUUCAGGGUGACGCAGAAAAAACGCACCCAGGUGAGACCUGGUCUGAAUAUAGCAUGGUGAAAACUGAAACCAAAGUCACGAUGACAUGUUUGAAUGAUGUACAAAACUCUCCGGGUAAAACAAUACUUUGGACCCAGCAACAACACUAUACCUGUGCUUUCAAAAUCAGCAGGACUAGCCUCACUGUAAACUAAAGUAGCUUAGACGCAUCAUGACUUGGUGCAUAUAAAGUGCUUGUGUGUGUGUGUGUGUGUGUGCGCGUGUGUGAUUGUGUGUGUGUGUGUGUGUGUGCUAGUGAAAUGUGAUGCUGAGAGUAGUUUAAUUUGUUAAACGUUUUUAUUUGUUAAAAUCCUGUAUCUGAAUUUGGAGGAUUGACAAUAAAAACCAGUGCCUUAGACCUGCAAACAGCAUAGGUCUCUAUACCUUUGCCUGCACAAAGGCUAUUAAGCCACUUGGCAGAGCAAGACAGCUGGAAUUUAGCAGUAAAACUAGUGCUUUGUGACACUAUCCCAGAUACAUGGCUGUGUGAAAGUUGCAUUACAAGGUUCAAGCUUAAACCUCUAUAUUCCACUAAAAGUGCAGAGACCGAAAGGAAUAUGUAUGUAUGCCAAUAAAGCCCAUACACCACAACG